CGGCUGAGGCCCAUUAACUCAUCUUCUCCUACAAUUUCACUGUAAUUUGAUCAAUCGAGCGUUUCUCUGUGUGUUCAAUCGGAGAAAACAAAAUGGAGGAGAAGCUCAGCUGUGAUGGAGGUCACGAAUUCAAGCUGCUCUUAUCAUGUCCUUCUGGUUUAUCUCCUUCACAGGUGUCAGUUGUUUUCGAUGAAGUAUACGAUAGGAUUCCCCAUACAGAUCAUACUUUGGAGAAGUCCAUUUCUGAGAUAUGGGAUGCAAGAGUUGAACAAAGUUCAUCACUUUACAAUGGAACAAAGUUCAGGUAUGGUGGAUACAACUUCAAUGUAGAGAAUGAUCCCAAGCAACAACCUCACGUUUCCCUUCAUCUUGGUCUGACAGAUUAUAGGACAUUCGUGGGAACAAAUUUAAGUCCUAUGUGGGAAAGAUUUCUUGUUCCAUCUGAUGAUGAUUGUAUACAGUGUCAGCACACAUCAAGUCCUCUUGGUAAUGGUGCAGUUGUGGAGACUUCUGACAGAAGAAUACUUGUGCUUCAGAGAAGUAAUAAAGUUGGAGAAUUCCCUGGAUAUUUUGUUUUUCCUGGAGGCCAUCCAGAGCCCCAAGAAGUCGGAAUAAUCUCCCAUGAAGGCUUCCAAGAGCUAAAUCAAUGUCACAUGAUUAACAGCAAAGUUUCUCAGGAAAUGUUUGACAGCAUUGUCCGUGAAGUUGUUGAAGAAAUUGGAACUCCUGCAGAUUCCCUCGAAGUAAAAACACUAAUUGGGAGAAAGGCUGCUUCCUUUGUUAAUAGUGAUACUUCCAACCUUUUCUUUUCUCUUAUUUUCUCUCUUCUCUAUUAUUAUUUGAUUCCUUUUCUUCUUUUAUUUUUCUUGGGUUGGGGGGGUGGGGGUGUAUUUGACUUUUUCUUGGUCUGCAAUUUGUGAGGAUGAUGAUUAAGUUUAUUAUCAACUCUUUUUUAAACUUUCCACUUCUCACUCCUCUAUCCGUAUAAGCAUGUAAUUCCUAAUACUCAGAAAUUUUGGGUGGCAGACUAGUGAAAUGUGUCUAUUUUGUAGUGUCUUAUCAGGCCUCAGCCUGUAUAUCAUUCUGGGUAAUUAUACAAAAAUAGCACAAUCACGUCGGAUUUUGAGAAUUAUAAUAUUGGUGGUGUUGUCAAUUUGUCACAUACAAAUCUUUAUAUGAUCAUGUAUUUCGAGUAACACGUAGUUAUGAUUUCUUACUUGAUUUGUCAGUAAGAUAUACCUCAAAACUUUCAUCACUCAAUUAACUGUCACAUUACAAAUAUGGUCUUUUCAUCCGUGACGGGAAUUAUUUAGGGAACUUUGAUAUAUGACAAACUUAAUUAGCUAAGGAGGAAAUCGUUUGAGCAUUACAACAUGUAUUUCUUUUUGUGUGUUUUGGGGGUUAAUAUUGUCAUCUAAAGGUUAUCUUUUACAAAUGUAGUAUACGUAAUAUGUAGGAUACAUGGAUUGUCAGCUGCAAAAUAAAGUUGUAUUCAUAAUAUGAUCAGUUGGAGACUGGUAAAUUAUUUAUGAAUAUGGCUCUCUGCAAUUCUUGAGGGGGGUUGUUUUUACGUGCACACUCGGAUUGCCGUUCCUAUUGAUAAGAUUGAAUCAUAUUUUGUAGAAGCCAUCUAACUCUUGUUCUUUAUUCUUUAUCU